AUGGGACGAAGGACUCUCAAUGUUGAGGUGUUUAAGGGUCCUGGCGCAACUCUAGAGAAAGAGGGAGGGAGGGGUGGGGAGAAGGAAGGUGGAGGGAAGGAUGUUCGAUUCGUCACCUGCCUUGCUAUCAGGUUUACUGCACGAUAAGA